UGACUAACGACCUUCUGGGGACGGCAGCUGGUAGCUAACCGUGCACACAAGUCUUCAACGAGGCUAACAGCCGUCCGUGUACACUGUGAGAUGCCAGGUGCUGGUCCAUGGGUGUGAGCCGACUGGAUGUAUUUUACAGACGGCUGCUCCUCACCAAACUCUUCAUUGGAGGAUGGGGAAAGCCUGAAGACCUCAAGAGAAUCUUUGAGUUCCGUAAGAUCAUUGGAGACAGAGAGAAGUGCGAGUCUCUGGUGCCUGAGGACUAUCCAGUUUACACAAACAAGACAGAGGAGCACUCUGACUGUCUGAUCCACGAUGGGUUCUUCAUCUCUCCUCUGGAGCACUUGGUUCCCGGAAUCCUGCCACAAGAGGCCGUCAAAGCCAGGUUCCAGUUCAUAGUCCCUAAGAGGUGGCAGAAGAACAGACCAGUAUGUAUCCACUUGGCUGGGACUGGAGACCAUUUUUUCUGGCGUCGGCGGACCCUGAUGGCCAGGCCCAUGAUCAAAGAGGCAGGAAUGGCUUCACUUCUUCUUGAGAACCCGUAUUAUGGCUAUCGUAAACCCAAAGACCAACUGCGCUCCAGUCUGAAGAAUGUGUCAGACCUGUUUGUCAUGGGAGGGGCUUUGAUCCUGGAGUCAACGGUGCUGCUCCGCUGGCUGCAUGGACAAGGAUACUGGCCCCUGGGAAUGACUGGCAUCUCCAUGGGAGGAUAUAUGGCGUCCCUGGCAGUGACAAACUGGCCGAAGCCUAUCCCUCUGGUUCCCUGUUUGUCCUGGUCCACUGCCUCCAGUGUCUUCACCACGGGUGUGCUGAGUAAAGCAGUGAACUGGUCAGAGCUGGAGAAGCAAUAUGCCAUUAAUUCAGUGUAUGAAGAGGAGAUCAUUAACCUGUUGGAAUACUGUGGGGCUGAUUCCUUUAAAAUGGGUCAAUACCUUGGGAGGAAUAUGGACCCUAUAGAGCAUCUGCUGGGUGUGUCUGGAGGGGACAGAGCGUCGGUGGACCGGUUUACCAAAGCUGGAGGGGAAGCUGAGGCGGGACAUGGCCUGUUGUUUGGUGGAGGCCCUGGAGGGGGCGGGGCUGGAGACAGAUUAGACCAUUUAUUAUCAUCAGUGAACAGCAGGGGGACAAGUUUGGACUCUCUACCAAGAGGCCUUCAUGCCAACGACACACUGCACAGGAAGAAGACGGAUUCAGCCAAAUGCUCUCGGCCAUCACUGCAUAGAGAGUCUAUAAGCUUCAUGAAGGGAGUGAUGGAUGAAUGUACACACAUGGCCAACUUCUCUGUCCCUGUAGACACCAGUCUCAUCAUCGUGGUUCAGGCCAAAGAGGACGCCUACAUCCCUCGUACAGGGGUCCUCAGUCUGCAGGAGAUCUGGCCUGGAUGUGAAGUCAGAUAUCUGAACGGAGGACACAUCAGUGCAUACCUGUUUAAACAGAACGUCUUCAGACAGGCCAUAUACGAUGCAUUCAACAGAUUCUGCCUCAAGUAUCCCAACCUGCACUAACCAUGUCAGCCUGAAGCCCUGGGAACAGCCUGUCCACAGACCAGAGGCCUCAGCAUCAAGUAUGGCAGUGAAGAUGUCUCCUGCUGAAACAUGACGUGUCUGAGCUGUACAGGCUCUUCUCAGAUAAAGGUCAGCUGACACAGUCACUGUCUGGUUCUUUACAUCUGCCUCUGCAGAGGGAGGGCUGUAUGCCAUGGUGCCCCCAAACAAACAAACAAACAUGUUCUGAAGGUUCCUGCCAGCACACUCAGGCCUCUACAUUCACUUUGGUAAGCUGAUGGUUUUCACUGGUUCACUGGUCCACACCAGCAGGCUGGACAUGUCCAUCCUGAUGAGUCAUGAAUGUUCCACCUGACAGGACACAGACUGUCCCUUUGAUAUCACACUGAGCAGUUUCUACACACCAGAGAUUAUUAUGGUAUAUGAUAAACAUCAGUACAAUACUGAUGACAAGGAAAUGUCAGCCGUUAGCAUCUUAACUUGCAAAUCAUUCACAGUGGGAAAUUUUGUUUUGCUGACCAUAGUUCAGAGCCACCUGUUUUUCCUUGUGUUCUGAGAAGGCAGACUCUUGGGUCUUAACUGCAGAUUUAUGUGAAAUGUUCACUCUAAAUCACAUAUUUUCAUAUUUUGCAGAAAUGAAUGGAAGCCAGUGGCUGUGUGGGACAGUGGGAACAUGGUUUGGUCAGCUGUGAUGUAAAUUGUCAGUGAUUUGUAGUGAACUGGAUGUUAACAUGUGAAACCAGUGGGACGGUCCUGUAAACACCUGCUGAAGCUGCUUCCUGCAGCCUUUGUCAUCUAUCUGACAGUGGGAACUAUUUUCCUCUUUCACAGCUGACACAUGGACUUGUCACACCAGGAAGAUCAGGUGGAACAAAUAACAGUAACAUUGGCUCUGUUCCAUUAAGCCAUGGCGGUGAACAGAGCCUGAACUGGCUGAUCUCAAUGGAAGGCAGCUGUUAUUUAUGUUAUUGAUUCCACCUGUGCUUCUCCUGCUGUGACAAUGCACUGUAAAGCCUCAGACAGAACAAAAAUCACGAGGGGGUGGGGGGGAUCUUCAUCCUGAGUAAUUUAACUCAUCGACGUGAACGACAUGUUAAAAUGAUGGUUCCGGUUAUUUGACAUAGGGUUGUGUGUUACCUGCAUUAGAUUCAGAUCAGCUGUUUAGAGAAGCAGCAGGAGCACCAGCACAAAAGCUGAGUGAUGGGGAUGAGGUCAGCAGAAAAAACCUGUUUUAGAUCAUCUAAAAAAUGCCCACAGAAAAAAGUUAAUGUCAGUUGAAAUGUUUUAUUUUGAAUAUUUUCACCAGUCUGCCGUCGAACAGACCUUUACUUUGGAACUACAGUUUGUGAACUGUUGAACUGCCAUAUUCCUACACACAAGUUCACCUAGGCCGUGCAAUGUAUUACUCCGCAGCUGAGCUGUUUGAGUCAGACACAGCCAAACGUAGGCUCACUUGUGCAUAGGAAUACAGCAUUUCAGCAGCUGAAAAAUGUAGUUCCAAAGUAAUGGUCUGUUUGACGGCAGAUACAGUGCGAAAAUAUUCAAAAUAAAGCAACACUUCAACUGAUAUCAGCUUUUCUGUUGGUAUUCUUUAAGUGGCUAAAAUAAAUGUUUCUCUGCUGAGCCUGUCCACAGCAGCUCAUCACUCUGCUUCUGUGCUGGAGCUCCUGCUGCUUCUCUGAACUGAAUCUACUGCAGGUAACACACUGACUAUAGAUCAGUACCUCACACAGCCUCACCUCAAAUAACCUGAACUUUAACCUUGUUGAGGUGACGGGGUCAGGGGCUUCAUUUAUAAAACCGUGUAGGAUCCAGACUAAAAGUGAACCUGUGCGCUCACACACCUCCACACAAUUUCCCUUUUAAUUACAAUCAAGUUGAAAAUGUGCAGCCUCAUGCUCUGCCCACAACACUCCCACAAUUAACCAUAGAUGAUCAAAUCCCUAAUGAAUAUGCAUCUACAUGUUGUUGCUGUGGAGAUGGAGGCAGUGAUACAGACAGUAGCACAGAGCUCAGACAUGGAGGUGGAUGCUCACCUCUGGGUGCAGGGGGGGUCCACAAAGUGGUCCCAGACCUCUGCACCCCACUGUAGUUAACACACUCUAGUCUCUGUGCAGCUGACAGCACUGUCUGUAUCACUGCAGCAACUUCACACACAAACACUGAAAUCACUCUCUUUGAUAUAUUAACAGUAUUAGAAGAUAUUGAAACCUACUGACACUCUGUUCUGCUGAUCUUUAAUGCUGUUUGAUGAUCAUUUAAUCAGUUACAGCCUCGUUAGUGUGGUUCAGGUGAAAAGGACUCUAUAUUCAGGCUUGAUAUCAGAGAGACGGUGCUGAUGAAAUAUUGAUCAGAAUUCGGUUUAUAUAUUUUAUCAUUUAAAGGAAAAGUUCUGGCUCACUAACAAUGUAAUGUUUAUGAUGAAGUUGAUCUUUAAUUAAUGUGUGAUAUGAAGUGAAAUUAUAAACGAAAGUCCUGAGUCAGAUCUGAAGACACAGACAUGAAACACAUGUUGAUCGGAUUCAAUGUGAUUUCACUUCCUGAGGAUGUCAUCUCUGAUGUCCCUUCACAAUAAACCUCCAGAAGAACAAAGAGAAUCCUGCUGUUUUUAAGUUCUCUUCAGUAUCACAGUGAUCCAGUGAUAGCUGUCUGAACAUCAGACAGGAGCUGAUCACAGCUGAUAUAGUCUGAAUGAAUGUGAACAAAUAUAACAUAAAAACAGAACAACAGCACCGACCUGUAGCUGACAUUACAACAGACCAUCUGAUGAGCUUUUACAGAGUCUUUCUCUCCUGAAGGCUUCAUUUGUUCUGUUGUCAUGUUGGUUCCUAAACAGGCCUGUGUGUUGUUGUCAGCAUGUCUCCAUCUGUCAGAUUAUCAAAAACAUUCUCCAAGUUCACACAGAAGAAAGGUUUUACACUGGGCCGACUGAAAAAUAAAGUAUUAGCAACUACAAGAAGCUCAGAGAUCUGAUUUAAGAUCCAAGGAUGAGGCUCUGGAUUAAAAUAGAGGAGGAGCUGGUUCACAGGUGGGGGGGGGGUGACCCAGGUAUGAUCAUUGACCAGUGCAGGUCAUGCAGAAACCACCCCUCCUCCCUACAGACAGAAAGCCAGUUUGUUACCUCUGCUGAGCAGGUGCUGUUUGCACCUGUCUGUCUGUCAGCCAGCAGGACUACACACAAGUCCUGAUCAGAUUUACACCAGACUUGGUGGAGGGGUGUGUCAUGGACCAGGGAAGAACCCAUUACAUUUGGGGAAGAUCCAGAUCAUUUACUCUGACUUAGAAUUUUUUCUCUGGAGUCUGGUGUGUGUUGUUUGAUGCUGGCCUUGACAGAGGUCUGCACUCUCUGACUGCUCCUCUAGUUUUGUUUGGGUUUUGUUUUUGUUGAAAAAGUGCUGUCAUGUUUUUUCUUUGACCCUUACUAAUCCUCCAGUUAACCGUGCCAUGUUGUUGUUCCAUUUCCACGAUGAUGUUUGUGCCACUGACGCAGCCGACCUUCUUAGUCCUGACCAGGCUGUUCAUCAUCCACCACACUACCUGCAAAUACAUGGUCGAAGUUUCAGUAGCUUGAUUUUUUUAUACCUAUACAUUUGUACAAAUUUUGUACAUAAGAAUCUAAUGACUUUAUUCCUGCUGACUGAAAAAGCUGUUGUUAUUAGGACCUAAAAGUUUGUUUUUUUAAAUUAAGGUGCUCAGGUUUCUGUGGGUUUUAAAACCAGAGCACUCUAGUAUAUGGAAGCUCACGUCUGUAAAAUGACCCUUUCUUCAGAAUGAAAAGACAAGUAAAAAUCUCUAUUUUUCUUAUUGUCAACAAAUCCCAUGUGCAGCGUUAACCACAGUGAGUGAGUGAGAGUGAGUGAGUGAG